UCCUGUCCAGCUGCUCCGGGGACAGAGGACCAGGAGGCGGGCAUUCCGGCUCUGGCGCCGCCACGGCGCACUUCUGCUUCUUCUGAAGGAUUUUGGUAUAUUGAGCAAAACGCAAAGCCGGCUACAGAAAUGGACCAGUUCCUGUUUCAGGGACAGAAUAAACGCCUGUGCAGCAAUGAUGUCCCACGAAGAAGUCCCAGAAAAAAGAAGACUAAAAUGGAGGAACAUGAGAGCAUUAAGGAGGAGGAUAAGGACCCAUCUUUUGAAGAGUUCUCUCAUCCUAUUCCUUGGCAAAAAAUAGAGGCAGAGGGACUGGAUUGUGAUUAUGCUUUACUCUUCUUAAAAGAGGAAGCAGAUGACCUUUUCAGACAGCUGGAGGAGGAGGUGGUGUACUCAACAGGAGAGGAAGCAAAGGUCCAAGUGUUUGGAAAGGUGUAUAAUAUACCGAGGAAGCAGGCGACCUAUGGGAAUGCAGGUCUCACUUACACGUAUUCUGGGGUGACUCGUCUGGCUUGUCCCUGGACUCCAACUUUGGAGUAUAUCCGAAACGCGGUCACAGAGGCAACCGGCCAAAAGUUCAACUUUGUCUUGAUCAACAGGUACAAAGACGGACAGGAUCACAUGGGGGAGCAUAGGGACGACGAGAAGGAGCUGGACCCUUCCAGUCCUAUCGCCUCUGUCUCACUAGGAGCAGCUCGAGACUUCAUCUUUAGACACAGAGAUGCUCGAGGGAAACGGACCAGCCGACAGAUUGAUCCUGUAAAUCUAAAGCUCGCUCAUGGAAGCCUGCUUCUCAUGAACCCUCCGACCAACACCUUCUGGUACCAUAGCCUUCCUGUUCGAAAGAAGGUCCUCUCGCCUCGCAUUAAUCUCACCUUUAGACACAUCUUGGUGGACUUCAGAAAAAAAAUCAAACAGAACCACUAACAGCAAAGACCCUGUGUAGAGACCAAAUUCUGAAUGAAAAUUUCUCUAGUCAAACUUGGACUUUUGUGAAGGGACAAGUUUAUCCUCCAGUAAAUAAAGAUUUAAAGAUACUAUCCAA